UUUGCCCAGACUCUGGACCUGGGCCGGCUGGCACUUGGGCGCCAUUCCCCACCCGGCGCGGACUUCGGAAUUGGCCAGAGACGCACAGGAAGCGCAGGCGGAGCGCGUUUCCACGGGGCGCGGAGCACCAGCCGAGCGCCGAGGAUGCGUGCCCUGCCAGCCCUGGACGCGCCCCGCAACGAGCGACUGCUGACCCGGCACCCCGAGGCCCCCAGGGUCCGGGACGCGGUGGUGCCAGCACGCAGGAGCGCGGUGGAGAGGCUAGCGGCCGACCGCGCCAAGUACGUGCGGGGCCCGCCGGGAGCCGGCCCGGGCCCGGCUCCCGAGGGCAGCAACCCCGGGGUGAGCGAGGGGACCGCGGGCGAUCCUCGGCCUCCGGCUCGCGUCCCCGGUGCCGUGGCGCGCAGGGCCAUAGCUCGGAAGCCGCUGAGACCUGACUCCCUGGUCAUCUACCGGCAGAAAUGCGACUUCGUCCGAGGACAGGGCGCCGACAGCUCCAGGGGGGGCCUGGUGAAGAAGCUCUUCCAGGGGCCGGGCAAGGACAAGACGCCGGUGCCCCCGGAGACGUCCCGGGUGGGAGAGGAGGUCAGGGCCAGGCGCGAGGAGGCUGUCUUGACCAAGCCCGGCCCUACUGCGGCCUCCGCGGUCCCCGGCGUUCCCGCGCCCCCAGCGCGCGCAGCGCCCUGUGGGACGCCCACCAGAGUCCCGGCUGCGUCCCGGGUCCCGGAGCUGCGAGGGACAAGGCGCGGGGGGCUGCAGCGAUCGCAGUCAGACCUCAGCUCCCGCUACUCAGCGUCCGUGGCCGAAUGUGACACCUUCUUCCAGUUCUGCGGCCUGGAGCCUGAGGUGGUGGAAGAUCUCGGGAGGGAGAAUUUCUCCGCGGGGUCGGCCCGCGUCACACUCAAGGUCCGCAGCGUGAGCGUCGCCACCUCCGACAGCGGCUUCUCCCGGCACAGCGGCGGCGAAGAGGGACUGCAGGAGGAAGAACUGACCGAGCAGGUGCCCAGCACCACCUCGGUCAUCGAGAGGAACGCCCGCAUCAUCAAGUGGCUGUACACCUGUGAGAAAGCCAAGGAGAAGACCGGCCAGGGGCUGCAAGGCCCGGAGUGACCGCUCGCGCUCUGGGGAGACUUGGACCCUAGGAAGCAAGGCUUCCAGACUGUGGGGGCUCCUUGAAGUAUGUCCUGGAUGAUUGGGGACCCCAGGGCCAUCCUCAGUGCCACAGGAUUUGUCCAACGCACCCAGGUGACCACAUGUUUGCUGUUUUCCCAGGAAUAAAGCACUCUAUUGAAGAAGCGUACAUAAUUCAGAAGGUUUGAAAUGCUAUGGAGAAAGGGGAAUAUGGAACUUGGAAAUUAGCUGGGUUGUAGCUGUUAAGACACAGCUGAAGCUCUGGGAGAUAUUUUCUUGCUUGAGGUGCCUCUAUCCUUGCUUCCAGAGGGCAGCAGAGGAGGCGACAGCUGCAUGAAAAUAUUUUCAGGGGUAUCUGUUUGACUGGCUUGGUGGCAAAAAAGUACCAUGAUGCAUUUUAAUGAUAUCUAAAUUGAUUUUAAAAAAAGAAAAAAGAAAGGCAAAGAGUAUGAAAGCCAAGCAUGAAUGCCAUAGGAUUUACUGCUUUCAAUCAAUCUGGACUGUUUGGCACCAAUUAAAUCAAAGUUCUGUAAUCAUGAGAAGGUGUAUUCUAUUUUAACAGUGUGGCUAACAAAGAGUAAACAUACACUCACAUGCUCACACGGACACCUCCACGUCUGAGCAUCACUGCCACUUAAACUGCAGAAAGUACUUUUAAAGUUAUUUUAGUAAUGCCACUCUCAUUGGGUUGCAGACGUGUGGACGUGCCAUUAAAAGAGAAGUUAGAGUUGAUACCGCUAAAAAUGCCUUUUUUCGGGAGCUGGCAGGAGACUCAGGAGCUCCCUUCCCUCACAACCAUGGCAGCCUGCCUCCUUUGCACCCUGUAGAGCAUGCCUCCACAAGGCUCUGGUUCCCAACUGCCCAAAGCAGAGGAGAGCCCCAGGUUCCACAGAACACACCCUGCCCAUUUGUCUAAUUGCCACCUCCAUGGAUCAUGCAGUCAUCCCAGAUUUGGCACCAGCUCAUCCUUUUCUGCAAAGGAUGUGUUUGAGAAGAGGGUCAGCCUCUGGGCAGCUGACCAACUCCAGGAUCAGAAUGCUGUCGGUAGGCAGUUACUGUGACCCUCACCCAGUCCUGACACCCAGACUGCACAGAUUUCAGAUUUAGAGCCUUUGGAGAGAAAUUUUAUAUCAAUGAUGACAACCCAAAGAAAAUAUGUAACCCAGUUGACUCUUUCAAAGCUUACUGUGUUUUAACAAAAUACAUCUCCUCAGGAACAAAAUUAUUAUGGAGAAGAAUAUGGAGGGGAGAACAAUGGGUUUCUCAAUGGUAGAACAUUUUAUAAACCAAUCCAUUUUGAUAUGUUCAUGUACUUGUUUAAUAUUGUGUUCUAUUAUGUAACUUUUACUGUGAGAGUAGGUCUUUGAGCACCUUAAUAUUUAUUUUUACAGUUAUUGGUCUUCAGAUAGUUUUCCUUAACAUGAUAUGGUUUUAGUUUUUAUCAGUAUGGUUUUAAAUCAUUUUCUCCUAGGUUAUGUUUUUGUGUACGUUGUUUCAUUGGAUAUCCCACUUCUGACGGUAAACAUAGUACUCACUACUCUAUAAAGUGCUCAGUACCAUAGUGAUUUGUUUUCAAAUAAUCCCAUAUAUAUGCGUUUUUGGAGCCUCUGUUGGCCCACGAAUGUACCUUUCUCAUCGUAGACUCUAUUUCAAGACAACAGAUUCCAUGCUUUAAGAAUUUUCCCCCAAUUGUUCCUCUCAAAAUGCUGCUAUUUUACUGUUCAAUGGAUUGCAGUUAGUUUAAAAAUUCAUUUUACAGGCUUUUGACAUAUACCCAGUUCCCUUAUUUAGAGGUGUUCCAUUAAGUGUACAUGUCAAUGCUUUAGGUAAAACUGUUUUGUGCCUUUCUACUGUCAGAAUAGGAUGAACCUUGAUCCUAUUUACCUUAGAUCAUAAUGGUGCAGACUCAUAAUGCAUAUAAUAGAUAAAAAAAUAGAAACAAGCUGGUUGUAUUCAAAAACACCAAGAUCUUCCAGAAGCAUCUGUGCUUCAGUGGAGGUACAGGGAAGAAUUCAGCUGGAGUGAAUUCAGAAGCAGAUCUCAGAGAUGGGCCUGAAGAAGAGGAACAGCGUUUCCCUGGGCUCCAACAAGAUCCAGGGAUACUCCCUCUCUUCCACUGAGAUUCGUGCCUCAGAGUCAGGUUCCAAGAGUAUGGGUGGAGGUGAGAAGUCCCUUCUUCAUCCUGAAUUACCCCAAUUUGCUGAAUGACAUUGAGAAAAUCAAACUUUGCAGCUCAGUCUGAAAACAAAAGCUUGUAAUUAUUUUUCACAAGGAUAGCAAUAGUUACAGCUAUGAAAUAGUUUCAUGUGUUCGUGAAAGAAUAGCAUGUAAAAUAAUAUGAUUAAAUACAAUGAAAAGAAAUAAUUAUUGAUAAAGCAAGAAAGAUAGCUUGACAGUAUCUAUUUCACUAAUAUAUGGGUACAGAUUAACAGUGCCUCUGACUGAGAGGUAUUUAUGUUACUGUAAAGUUUCCUCAUUUCAAAAUGAGGACUGGUCACUGGUCCUGACGCUGGUCAGUGAUACUGAAAUAAAAAGAAGGCUUUAUUAAACAUUGCCCUUCUCAGUAGGUUCAAAGUUCAGUGCCAUGGUUAUGGUUGGUGAUGCCAUAAAACAUCAGGCCCAGGCAACUGUUAUGGUGGUUUUGUAAACAGAGUUUUUUCUACACACUACCUGCAACUAGAGUGCAAUAUGAUGUAUUCUGUAUUAAAGAAAUAAAGUAUUUUUUCUCAUUUA